CUUCACACACUACGACACCUUCCUCCGCCGUCACCGACGCGACGAUGAUGUUGACGGGGUGCUUCCGCGGCGAUCGUCCCGCCCUCACGGGCCUCCGCCUCCGCCGCAUCGUCUCCUUCCUCCGCCGUCACCGCCUCUACAACACCGCCCACGCGCUGGAGAGGCAGACGGGCGCCUUCUUCGACGCCACGCACUUCCGCCGCCUCCUGCGCGACCUCCGCUGGGCCGACGCAUCCUCAUACGUGAUCGGCUUCAUCGACGUCCGCGACUGCAGCCGCGAGGCCGACAUGCUCGUCGUCCGCAUCCUCAUCCUGCGCGUCAUGGCCGACCUCGCCGCCGGCCGGACCCACGACAUCGACGCCCUCUUCCAGCGCCUCUACGCCUCCCUCCAAUCCCACCCCGACGGCCACCACCUCCGCAGGACCCUACUCUCCAUGCGCUCCGACCAAGCCAGGGCAUCCAGGCUCUAUCAUCGCGUCAAGCCCAUGGUAGUAGAGUUCAUUUUGAACAUGGCUGCCAAGUGCCCUGAGCUCAAAGCCAAGGCACAGUUACCGCGCUGCACUUAUAAUCCUGCCUACAUCUUAUCACUUGGUCCUAGGCUGCGCGGAUGCAAUGGUUCUCGAAACAAUAAAGCUAGACGUCUCCCAGCACAUGUCCUUGCCCGUUCCUUCAUGCAGAAGAGGUAUUUAGUCCACACGGGGAUUCUUCUCUGAUGUAUCAUGCAUAUGUAUUGAACUUAAUGGAUCAUGUACUGGCAAUGAAAUCAGUGAUUGUAAUUAGCUGUGUCCCCAAGUGUUCAGUGAACAAACGUUCCAACUAAUUGUGAAGAUGAACAUAUCCAGGCCAUA